UAAAUGACGGAAGCAUCAUCUACCUAGCGGUGCAGUUUCAACCGUACAGUGCCGUGAAUUAUCUGUGCAUAUUCUUUAUUUAAGGCGUAAUAUUAUGGAUACAACGAGAAAAGAAGACUGAAGAUCCCUUGUUUUUGUAAAACCAGGACAAAAAAUGAGCAACAUCCUCCAUGCGGCUUCUAAAGUGAGAUGGAAUCAGAGCACUGCGGCGAAACGAGCAGCGUUCCUGGCGGUCGCCGCAUACGGGGCGAAGACGCUUUACCCCAUCAUUUGCAAACAAAUAAAUCAACGGAAAGCAGCCAAGAACGACACAAACGCAUUAGGACACGAGAACGGAUUGAUAUCUACUCACAAAUCCGCACCGGAGACUAUUUCUUGUCUUAAUAAAUCGCCCGGCGUCAAUGCGGAAUUCUUCAAGCAGGUUCUUGAACUGGUUAAAAUUGUAUUCCCGAGGUUUGUAACUAAAGAGCUGGGUUUACUGUGUUUACAUUCAAUCGCUUUGGUUUCAAGGACGUUUCUGUCUAUUUAUGUGGCCGGUUUGGAUGGCAAAAUCGUGAAAACGAUCGUAGAGAAGCAGCCGCGGAGCUUCAUGAUCAAACUCAUGAAAUGGCUCCUGAUAGCCAUCCCGGCAACAUUUGUGAACAGCGCGAUCCGUUAUCUGGAGUGUAAGCUCGCGCUGGCCUUCCGCACGCGCCUGGUCGAUCAUGCAUAUAAAACAUAUUUCACCGAUCAGACCUAUUAUAAAGUCAGCAAUAUGGACGGGAGACUGGCGAACCCGGACCAGUCGCUAACAGAAGAUGUCAUGAUGUUCUCGCAGUCCAUUGCGCAUCUGUACUCAAACCUCACCAAACCCAUUCUGGACGUGAUUCUCACUUCAUAUACUUUGAUACAGACUGCAAGAUCUCGGGGUGCGAAUGCGACCGGACCGACCGUGCUGGCGGGUCUGGUGGUGUUCGCCACGGCGAAGGUUCUGCGCGCCUGUUCGCCGAGGUUCGGGAAGCUGGUGGCGGAGGAGGCGCACAGAAAGGGAUACCUGCGCUAUGUGCACUCUCGAAUCAUUGCCAAUGCAGAGGAGAUCGCCUUCUAUAGGGGACAUAACGUGGAGAUGCGGCAGCUACAAAAGUGUUAUAGCGUCCUGGCAGAGCAGAUGAACCUCAUUCUUUCCAAACGCCUGUGGUACAUCAUGAUCGAGCAGUUCCUCAUGAAAUACGUCUGGAGUGGAAGUGGGCUGGUCAUGGUUGCCGUGCCAAUCAUCACCGCCACUGGCUUUGCAGACAAUGAACUUGCUGACGGUCAGACUCAAGUGUUGGUGAGUGAAAGAACUGAGGCCUUUACAACUGCUCGCAAUCUACUGGCCUCAGGAGCGGAUGCCAUUGAAAGGAUAAUGUCUUCUUAUAAAGAGGUCACUGAGUUGGCAGGCUACACGGCUCGUGUGCACAACAUGUUCUUGGUGUUUGCCGAAGUUCAGAGGGGAAUAUACAAACGUUCAUCUGUCACCACAGGGGAGAUAAGCGGGAACCCACCUGAGAUGAACAUUGACGGUUCUUUGGAGAUCAAAGGCAAAGUGAUUGAUGUGGAUAAAGGUAUAGUGUGUGAAAAUGUGCCUAUAAUCACUCCUAAUGGGGAUGUGGUCGUGUCCAGCCUCAACUUCAAGGUGGAGGAGGGGAUGCACUUGCUGAUCACGGGACCAAAUGGAUGUGGGAAGAGUUCUCUGUUCAGGAUCCUGAGUGGCCUGUGGCCUGUGUACAGCGGGCUGCUUCAUAAACCCUCUCCUGAACACAUGUUCUAUAUCCCACAGAGGCCGUACAUGUCUAUUGGUACGUUACGAGACCAGGUAAUCUAUCCUGACUCUCUGGACGACAUGCAUGAGAGGGGUUACAGAGACAGAGACCUGGAGGUCAUUCUGGACAUUGUCAAUUUAAACCACAUUGUUACCAGGGAAGGAGGCUGGGAUGCUGAGUGUGACUGGAAAGAUGUUCUUUCAGGAGGAGAGAAGCAGCGUAUGGGCAUGGCACGCAUGUUUUACCACAAGCCCAAAUAUGCCCUGCUGGAUGAGUGCACCAGUGCUGUCAGCAUUGAUGUAGAGGGUAAAAUAUUCCAGGCUGCAAAGGAUGCUGGGAUCUCCCUGCUGUCCAUCACCCAUAGACCCUCUCUGUGGAAGUACCACACGCACCUGCUGCAGUUUGAUGGGGAGGGCGGCUGGCGGUUUGAGCAGCUGGAUACGGCCACACGGCUCUCGCUGACGGAGGAAAAACAGCGUUUAGAGUCGCAGCUUGCUGGCAUCCCUAAGAUGCAACACCGGCUAAACGAACUGUGUAAGAUCUUGGGUGAAGAUUCGGUCUUAAAGACGACAGAACACAAUGAUGAGGAGUGAGAGAAAUCUCGAAAUGCUAGAUGUUCAGAAACGCACACGUUUUGGUACUUUUAACAAUUUAUCCCCGAUUUAAAAAAUUUGGUUUGUAUAAAUGACACAUUAAUGAUUUCUUUCUAUACUGAACUUGGUGUUUAAUUUUGAUUGUAAAAAUGAUUUAGAGUUGUUUUGUUUAAAUUUGUCUUUCUUGUUUAAAUUUUGUUUUGUGUUUAUUUUGCUUUUACGUUUUGUUUUUUAUUUGCUUUUUGUUUUGUUUUUUUGACUUUUUGUUUUACUUUUGUUUUGUGUUUGUUUUGCUUUUUAGUUUUGUUUUCAUUUUGCCUUUUCAUUUUGUUUUAACUUGCUUUUUGCACUUUAUUUAUUUACUUUUCUUUUAUUAUUAUUAUUUUUCUUUUUUCACCUUAAUUAUUUGGUUUUACCUUUUCAGCACUUUAUUGAAACUUACUGUCCAAGAAUCUAAACAUAAUGCAGUGUUUCCAUGUUUAUGUUGGCUUACAGUAACUCAAAAGUGAUGGAUUUCUCCUUUCUUGCAUUAGAUUUCCCAGAUAGUUAUUUUUUAAAAAUUACAACUCUAAGGAUAUGUUGUUGGUUUUUCUUAUAUUGUUUAUUUUUUAAAAUAAAUAUUUUACCCUUAACAACUUACCCAAAAGCAAAAACUUGGUAAACUGUGGUAAAACCAAUAGAGAUCCAGCAAUUUUUUUAUAUACGUAUAUAUUUUUUUUAAAAGAUCAUCAUGGGCACAUGAAUAAUUUUUUUACACAAUCAGGCUCUAAAAGAGAGAGCGAGACAGAGAGAGAGAUUGUUAGAUUAAGAGAGAGAAAGAGAGAUAGGUCAUUGUCUGAGUCAGCUGCAGGGCUCUGUGUUUAAGACAGCAGGUUUCUGGUCUUCUUAACAAAUACAAUAUGCUGGAUACACACACUGAGCGCACAGCAGGUGGCUUUGUUGUGUCCACAAAGAAAUAGGCUGCAUCAGAAAACUGGAAAAUUCUGCCUUCCGAGACUGUAUACAGAGGUAGGAUGACAAUAAUGUUAUUUUCAAACUGUUCUGAGACCAGUUUCCAUUGAGUUCAGUUCAUUCAGAAAUGUUGUCGGUUAAGCCAUUGACUUAUUAGGCAGCAAGUCAGCUGCCUAAGUUUUUGGAUGCAGCCAUAGUCUCAGUGUACUAUGACAAAUUAACUGAGAAUGUGUGACUUAAACUCUGGGUCACAUGACUAAACAAGCAAGGUGUUACUCAUCUUGUUAUGUAUUAUUCCUCAGCUUCAUUAUGUUCAUUUGUUUUAUUUGAACAAAUGUAUUGCACAAAUGUGUCUUUUCAUUUUUUAGAUGACAUACUGUGAAGUUUGUCAAAUGGCUGUGGUAUGUUUAACUUCAUGUGUUUAUUUUAGGAGAAAAUGCAGCUUUGACAAUGUUGAUGUUUUUCAUUUGAAUGGUAUACCUGUAGAGCUACAUUUAUAGUUUUAUUUUUAGUUUCAUACCAUUCUGUCAAGUACUUCGUUGAACAGUUUCAAAACCCUACGUUGGCACAGUACAUUUUCAUUGCAUGUAAAUAAAGCAACUACAAGAUGCUGGACAGAACUAACAUUAUUUACACCUUCAGUGUUUUUUAAAAAAUAAUGGCUACCGGGAUGGCUACUUUAAUUUUACACUCCUAAACAGGAAGUGCUUAUAUGGUUCGCAUAAUUAUUAGCCAAACUUGUUCAACUAUCUGAUCAUCCCAGAAAUGUAAAUACUUUUUGAUAUUUCAUUAUUACCUACGUAUGAAAUGAUUUCCUGUGGAAUAUGCUGAUGAUUGGGUUUAAGAUUAAAUUAUAAUUCAAUGAUAUUUGGAUGAGACUUGACUGUCUCUCAAGUAUGUAAACAAUCAGAAAAUUGUACAAAAAUCAGCUUGUAAAUAAAACAAUAC